UGUCAUGUGACCGGGCAGUACGGAAGACUGUGAAAUGGCGGCGUAUCUGCAGUGGAGGCGAUUUGUUUUCUUUGAGAAAGAGCCGGUCCGGCUUCCUGGGGAGGGCGGGAAACCUCUCACACUGCCACCCGGGCUGACUGUGUGCGAUUCCGGCCGCGGUAGUCUGCUGUUUGGGGAUAUGACAGGACAGAUCUGGUUCUUGCCUCGGUCCCUACAGCUCACCUCUUUUCAGGCUUAUAAACUCAGAGUCACCCACCUUCAUCAGCUAAAGCAACACAACAUCCUUGUCUCUGUAGGCGAGGAUGAGGAGGGGGUUAAUCCAGUGGUCAAAGUUUGGAACCUGGAAAAGCGUGAUGGAGGAAAUCCGCUGUGCACCAGAAUCUUUCCUGCAAUUCCCGGUAAUAAGCCGACAGUUGUAUCAUGCAUCACAGUUCAUGAAAACCUCAACUUUAUGGCAAUCGGUUUUACCGAUGGAAGUGUUGUCUUAACCAAGGGUGAUAUAACUAGAGACAGACAUAGUAAGACGCAGAUCCUGCAAGAGGGGAGUUACCCCAUCACAGGCAUGGCUUUCAGGCAAACUGGGAAGACCACUCAUCUCUUUGUGGUCACAACAGAAAGUGUCAGGGUAUAUGAGCUAAGUCAGAAGGAUUAUCCAUACACAGAGUUGGAUUCUCAUGGCUGUGGCCUGCGUUGCUCCACUUUGUCUGACCCAUCUCAAGACAUGCAAUUUGUAGUUGCUGGUAAUGAAUGUAUAUAUCUUUACCAGUCGGACGAGAGGGGACCCUGCUUUGCAUUUGAAGGCCAGAAACUAAUAGUACAUUGGUAUCGUGGUUAUCUUGUGAUUGUAUCCAGAGAGAGAUCAGAUUUUGCUGGACGUGGUGGGGAUAGCCAUGCACCUGACAGGCAGACACUGACCAUAUAUGACCUAGGAAAUAAGCUUAUUGCUUACAGCUGUGUUCUCAGUGAUGUGGUGGAUGUUCUGGCAGAGUGGGGUUCCCUCUAUGUUCUUACACGUGAUGGACUCCUUCAUGCCUUACAUGAGAAGGACACACAAACCAAGCUAGAGAUGCUUUUUAAGAAGAAUCUUUAUGUUAUGGCUAUCUCUUUGGCCAAGGGCCAGCAUUUGGACAGCGAUGGGCUGUCUGAGAUCUUCCGCCAGUAUGGAGACCACUUGUAUAGCAAAGGAGACCACGAUGGAGCCAUCCAACAAUAUAUCCGAACAAUUGGGAAGUUGGAGCCUUCCUAUGUUAUCCGCAAAUUUCUAGAUGCUCAGCGCAUACACAAUUUGACAGCGUAUCUACAGGCAUUGCAUCUACAGUCCCUAGCGAAUGCAGAUCACACCACCCUGCUACUGAAUUGCUAUACUAAGCUAAAGGACAGCGCCCGCUUAGAAGAAUUUAUUAAGGCGAGUGAGGGCGAAGUACAUUUUGAUGUAGAAAUUGCAAUCAAAGUUCUUCGACAAGCUGGCUACCAUUCACAUGCUCUCUAUUUGGCAGAAAAACAUGCCCAUCAUGAGUGGUACUUGAAGAUCCAACUAGAAGACAUCAAGAACUUUCAGGAAGCUCUGCGAUACAUUGGACGCCUCCCCUUUUCUCAAGCUGAGAGCAAUAUGAAAUGUUAUGGGAAAAUACUCAUGUAUCAUGUGCCCAAUGAGACAACCCAGUUACUAAAUGAUCUUUGCACUGACUUCCCGCAGCCUGGUGGAGGGAACAGGGCAAACCCUGAAGAAUUUAUUCCAAUAUUUGCUAACAAUCCUUGUGAGCUAAAGACCUUUUUGGAGCAUAUGACGAAAUUACAGAGUGACUCUCCUCAAGGUGUUUAUGACACUUUACUUGAGUUACGUCUGCAGAACUGGGCACAUGAGAGUAACCCACAGGCAAAGCAGCAGCUGCAGAAUGAUGCCAUGACACUCCUGAAGAGCGGGCGCUUUAAGAACGUGUUUGAUAAAGCGCUUGUCCUGUGCCAGAUGCAUAAUUUUCAGAAAGGAGUGCUGUAUCUGUAUGAGCAAGGAAAACUCUUCCAGCAGAUCAUGCAUUACCACAUGCAGAAUGAUCAGUACCAAGAGGUAAUAGAAGCCUGCAAGCAGUAUGGGGAGCAGGAGAACUGUUUGUGGGAGCAGGCACUUAGUUACUUUGCCCGCAAGGAAGAAGACUGCAAGGAACACAUUGCCACAGUGUUACGGCAUAUUGAAAGCAAAAACCUCAUGCCUCCAUUAUUGGUGGUGCAGACGCUGGCACAUAACUCCACUGCCACCUUGUCUGUGAUCAGAGACUACCUGAUAAACAAAAUGCAGAAACUGAGUCAGCAGGCAGAGGAAGAUGAAAGGACCGUGAACCAGUACAGGGAGGAAACUGCUCGCAUUCGACAGGAAAUCCAUGAAUUGCGGAACAGCCCUAAGAUCUUUCAGAAGACUAAGUGCAGCAUCUGCAGCAGUGCUCUGGAGCUGCCAUCGGUACACUUUUUGUGUGGUCAUUCUUUCCACCAACACUGCUUUGAGAGUUAUGCGGAGAGUGACUCUGACUGCCCCACUUGCCUGCCAGAGAACCGUCAGGUCCUUGAUAUGAUCAGGGCUCAGGAAGAGAAGAAGGACCUCUAUGACCACUUCCAACACCAGUUAAAGUGCUCUAAUGAUGGCUUCAGCGUGGUCGCAGAAUACUUUGGGCGUGGUGUAUUCAACAAAUUGACGUUGAUCACAGAUGCUCCUACAGGAAGGAUGACUGGGGUGAAGGAUGCCGGACUACAGCGGGACCUUCUUAUCAAUACCAGGAGAAAUUUUUAAUUCACAGACAAUGCAUACUGUAUAAUAUUGGACACGUUAAGUCUGUGGUAACUAAGCUGUGAACCCAUGGACAUGUCAGAAUAGUUACUUGACAACCAUAUUAAAAGAAUAGGAGCUGAAAUGCUACAGAAUGUGAAGAGGUCAGUCAAUAUAUGAAAACUCCACAGAAGUCAGUGGUCAGAAACAACAGAGUUAUUGUUUCUGCUCUGUAAAUACGGCCCUUUUGAAUGCAACUUAUUUGGCUAACAAUGGCAUUGGGUGGCACAGAUUGUCAGUAAAUGUAAUGUACAUCUUGACCCCAGUUUUAUUUAAAGUCUGAUAUGUGUUCUAUUUGCUGUGUGUGGCUAGUGUUUAUAAUCAGUAUAUAAAAUCACUAACGCUGGA